AUGGACAACGAAGGGAUCAGUGAUUGGAAGCACAUCACCUCCCGUACUGUCAAGGAAGCUCCUGAUCUAUGUGUUGUUAAUGGUACACGGCACAUUAGGAAGAUUAAAUGUGCAAUAAACAACGGAGACAAUAUACAAGGGCGCAGAAACUAUCCUCCCGCCUCCGUUUCGGCUAUUUGUAUUAUCCUUCAAUCUGUUACAAGAAGAAGGAAGGAAUGCUCCAGGAAGAGGGCAAGAUUAGCAUACAAAGUUGGAGAACAGCUGGAGGAAGCCCGAUGGAGCAGCGAUAACCUCUAUUGUCAGAUCCGUCAAGUCUCCUCCAGUCGCCCCUUGAUCCUGAUAGACAGUUUUCCCGCGGCUCUGCGCCGCCUACCUUUCGCAGCGGACAAUGUGGGGUGCCAUUGUGUAUCUUUAGCUUUUACUCUGCAAUAUCUCUCCAGAUCUCAGCCGUUAGCGUGUCUCCAAGUCGCAGAUGUGCGCAAGAAGUGGAGGAGACCAGUGGAUGACUUUGGUCACGAAGGAUCUUUAUCUCAGAUCUGGGUCCCUUCACCGCACGCCCUCACGAGGACAAAGGUCUCGAGUGCCCACGAUCAUGGCCUGCUCUUUGCGUCGGGGUUUUGA